AUCAGUCCAUCUAUCAAUGGCGAUGGCCGGAGGCGGCGGAGGAGGUGUACUGGGCGAGUGGGGCUGGUGGCUGGGCCUCGUUUUCGGUGCCGGCCCGCUGCUCUGCCUCGCCGCCUGGCACGCCAUGGACGCUUGGUACCGCGCUGCCUUCUUCCUCAAACACGGCAGCCAGCGCCGCCUCCCGCCGGGCCACAUGGGCCUGCCCUUCCUCGGCGAGACGCUCUCCCUGAUCUGGCACUUCAAGCUCGCGCGCCGUCCUGACGAGUUCAUCGCCGCCAAGAGGCGAGCGCACGGUGGUGCCGGGGCCGGCCUCUACCGCACGCACCUCUUCGGCUCCCCCGCUGUCAUCGCCUGUUCGCCGGCCGCCAACAAGUUCGUUCUUCAGUCCCCAGACAACUUCGGUGCGCGGUGGCCCGUGCCGGAGCUUGUGGGCAUCACGUCUGUGGUGAACGUUGAGGGUGCCGCCCAUGCCAGGCUCCGCGGGUUCAUCACCGCAGCCAUCAACCGGCCCAGCUCGCUUCGGACCAUCGCCGCCGUCAUGCAGCCCCGCAUCAUGGUGGCGCUGGCCUCUUGGGCCGACAUGGGGACCAUCGUCGCUGCCACCGAGAUCAAGAAUGUGACAUUCGCCAACAUCUGCAAGAUGUUCAUUAGCAUGGAGCCUUCUCCAUUGACGGAGAAGAUCGACAAGUUGUUCCGUGACUUGGUUGCUGGCCUUAGGUCAUUCCCCUUGGAUUUUCCAGGGACAACAUUUCAUAGUGCUCGCAAGUGUCGUCGGAAGCUAAACGCUAUCUUUCGAGAGGAGCUGGAGGCGAGGAAGAAGGUGGGAAGGGAGUGUGAUGAUCUCAUGGGUGGGCUGAUGCACAUGGAGGACGAGCAGGGGAGGAAGUUGAGGGACGAGGAGGUGGUGGACAACAUCGUCUCCCUCGUCAUCGCUGGAUACGAGUCUACCGCCAGCGCCAUCAUGUGGGCUACCUACCACCUUGCCAAAUCCCCGGUUGCCCUAGCCAAGCUCCGGGAGGAGAAUAUGGCGGUGAGCAAAAGCAAAGGGGCUUCAUCAAUGAUCACCCAUGACGACCUCCCGAAUAUGAAGUACACCGCGAAGGUAGUGGAGGAGACAAUUCGGAUGGCUAACAUAUCGCCGAUGUUGCACCGCGUGGCGAACAGGGAUGUGGAUCACAAUGGGUACACGAUACCGGCGGGUUGGUCGGUGCUAGUGUGGGUGAGGUCGCUGCACACUGAUCCCGGCAAUUACGAGAACCCCCUCACCUUCAACCCCGACAGAUGGGAUGAGCCAGCAAAGCCAGGGACGUACCUUGUGUUCGGAGGCGGCUACAGGAUCUGUGCUGGCAACAUGCUCGCUAGGUUGCAGCUCACCAUCAUGCUUCAUCAUCUCUCCAUUGGCUAUGAAUGGGAGUUGCUGAACCCUGAUGCAGAGAUUGAUUACGUCCCAAACCCAAGGCCAGCGGAUGGUGCAGUCAUGUCCUUCCGUAAGCUUAGCACCUGAUCAAGAUGUGAUCAAUGACAUUUCUCUCUCAUCUAAAAAUAAACCAUUGUGGUGGUUGUGGUGCACACAUUGUAGUUAACAAGAUGAUACCCCACACGUUGUGGUAAUGUUUUGCAAUAUAUUUCAAUGAGACAUGAUUGUAUGG